CUGAGAGUUGUCAAGGUUUUGGUUGUGGAGUAUCCGUGAGGGGAGCAAGGGCGGUUACGCUUGUACAAUGCCGAAUAAAACGAAAAAAGAUAAGGAGUCUCCCAAGUCUGGCAAAGUGGGGAAGAGUGGAGGACAGGAGAAUUCAGAACAUGAGCAGAGCUCUAACAGGAAGGCUAGCAAUAGUGUUCCUCCAACAACUCAGCUACUAAAGGGGAAGCAGCCAGGUUCCCAGACACCUGUCAAAAAGGACAAGAGGCAGAGCUCCUCUCGCUUCAGCUUGAGCAACAACAGGGAACUGCAGAAACUUCCUGCUUUUAAAGAUGUUCCCCCUGCAGAGCAGGAGAAGCUGUUUAUCCAGAAGUUGCGUCAGUGCUGCGUUCUCUUCGAUUUUGUCUCAGACCCACUGAGUGACCUGAAAUGGAAGGAGGUGAAACGAGCCGCGCUGAGCGAGAUGGUGGAGUACAUCACCCACAACAGGAACGUCAUCACCGAACCGAUCUACCCAGAAGUGGUUCACAUGUUUGCUGUGAAUAUGUUUAGGGCAUUGCCGCCGUCAUCCAACCCCACGGGUGCAGAGUUUGACCCAGAGGAAGAUGAACCCACUCUAGAAGCUGCGUGGCCGCAUCUACAGCUCGUCUACGAGUUCUUCCUGCGGUUCUUAGAGUCACCGGACUUUCAACCAAACAUAGCCAAAAAGUAUAUUGACCAGAGGUUUGUAUUGCAGCUUUUAGAACUUUUUGACAGUGAAGACCCCAGAGAAAGAGAUUUUUUAAAGACCACUCUCCAUCGCAUCUAUGGGAAGUUCCUGGGCCUUCGAGCAUACAUUAGAAAACAGAUUAAUAACAUAUUUUAUAGGUUCAUUUAUGAGACUGAGCAUCAUAAUGGAAUUGCAGAACUACUGGAAAUACUAGGCAGCAUAAUCAAUGGAUUUGCAUUACCUUUGAAAGAAGAGCACAAGAUAUUCCUGCUGAAAGUCCUCCUGCCUUUGCACAAAGUCAAGUCCCUUAGUGUGUAUCACCCACAGCUGGCCUACUGUGUGGUACAGUUCUUAGAGAAGGAUAGCACCCUUACAGAACCGACGGUAAUGGCAUUGUUAAAGUAUUGGCCAAAGACCCACAGUCCAAAAGAAGUUAUGUUCCUCAACGAACUGGAGGAGAUACUGGAUGUCAUUGAGCCUUCGGAGUUCGUCAAAGUCAUGGAACCCCUCUUCAGACAGCUGGCCAAAUGUGUGUCAAGCCCGCACUUUCAGGUAGCAGAGCGAGCGCUGUACUACUGGAAUAAUGAGUAUAUCAUGAGCCUGAUCAGCGACAACGCUGCCAAGAUCCUCCCCAUCAUGUUCCCGGCCCUUUACCGCAAUUCCAAAACCCACUGGAACAAGACGAUUCAUGGGUUGAUUUACAAUGCUCUGAAGCUCUUUAUGGAGAUGAACCAGAAACUGUUUGAUGACUGCACCCAGCAGUUCAGGGCAGAAAAAAGCAAAGAGAAAGCCAAAUGGAAAGAGAGAGAAGAAGCAUGGGUGAAGAUUGAGAAUCUAGCAAAGGCAAACCCACAGUUUGUCGUGUAUGUGGACUCAAUAGGAUCAGGGAGUCCGAUGGACAUGGAGACAGAUGGGCCACUGCUAGACGAUGUCAACAUGCUAAAGAAAGCAGUAGUUGAGGAAGCCACACAGAUCCAAAAAGACCAGCGCAGAGAACGCCCGUUGAUGCGGAGGAAAUCUGAGCUCCCCAAAGACAUCUCCACAGUCACAGCUUUGGAGUUGCACCGAAGAGCAGAGGAAAUGUUGACGCCACACGAUGGCCAUUAAGAGACCAUCCCAGACCUACCAUAAACCAGCAGCAUCCACAGUGGAAUCACAAACCCACGGAGGGCCAGCACAAAACCCCCCAAAACAAAACAGAACUGUGGUAUCUCAGUCCAGCCCAGUGCAACACAGAAAUGAACGAUCCCAGCUCCACCUGACACAGAAAAUGUCUAAAGCCACACAUCUAAGCCAGGUCCGGCUUUGCGAGACAAGCGGUGCUCGGUCCUUACUGAUCCCCACCCCCUCACCUGGUUCUUGCUUGCGGUGCUGGGAUGUCCUGCAUGACCACAGCAACCCGCCGUAUACUGAACUUCAAAUAAGAAAUUGUCAUAAUCUCCU